AUUCAAAUCGGUUCCUUACAGUUACUAAAAAGAACAACAAUGUCACACAGCGCCAAGUUGCCACUUUCAACCUGGAAAAGAACUCAAGACAACACAUAAGAACCCUAAUGCAAAGAUAUCCCCUUACAAACAAAGAACGGCAAGAUUUAUUUCCCAAGCCUGAGAAAUCCUUGGGUGAUGGCAGAGACAUCAUGAAAACUUCAGUUGGUCGCCUCAGUAACGGCGUGCCACAGGUUCCUCCUAAAAGUGGAGAAUCUACAGUGUCAGGACUUCGCGAGACGUUACCCAUCUACCAACAUGCUGAUGAAAUUCUACAAGCACUGGACAGCCACCAGGUUGUGUUAGUAACGGGUGAAACUGGUUCUGGAAAAACCACCCAGGUGCCACAAAUAAUUCUGAAUGACCACCACAAUAAAGGGAAGCUGUGUAGAAUAUUCUGUGCCCAACCACGCAGAAUUGCUGCCUUAUCUAUUGCCGAGAGAGUUUCUGCUGAACGAGGAGAAAAGAUUGGCCAGAUUGUCGGCUACCAGAUACGUCUUGAAAGCAAGGUGUCGCCACGAACUUUGUUGAUUUUCUGCACCACUGGAGUAUUACUGAGGACACUUAUGGGGAGUGAUGCUGCUUUGAACACUGUUACACACAUCAUUGUCGAUGAAAUUCACGAAAGAGACAGAUACAGUGAUUUCCUGCUCAUAACCUUACGAGAUGUACUUCCACGUUUCAAGAAUCUGAAGUUGGUUUUAAUGAGUGCAGCAUUAAAUACUGAACUGUUUAUUAAUUAUUUCAGCAACUGUGCUUUCGUAAGCAUUCCAGGAACAUUAUUUGAGGUGAAAGAAUAUUUUUUAGAAGAUGUAUUGAAAUGGACCAACUAUUCCACCAAAGCCAUGGAAAGAUCUAAAAGAGAAUUAUCAAAUGUGGAGAAACAACAGAAGCAAUUAAGUGACUGGUGUAGCAGAAAAUUAAGCCUGACUAACGAAUCCGAAGACAAGCCUUACCGAACUAAAAUGGCUGGUAAAAACUUGGAAGUGUUAGAUAAAGCCCUAGAGAAGUCUGUAGAGGAGAAAGACGAACUUGAACCCUGGUUGAUUAAAGAAAUGGAUCAACUUCUCACGGAUGCUUGGCUCACUGACAGUGAAGAAGCUUUUGAGCAGAUUUUCAAUUUAAUUAUUAACGAGAGCAUCAGUGUCGACUACAAGCAUUCUGAAACCAGUGCGACAGCGUUAAUGAUAGCCACCGGUCGAGGCUACUUUGAUGUAGUCGAAAGGUUGUUGAGUCUGGGAGCAAGCGUCAAUGUCCAGGCAUCCAAUGAUUGGACUGUCUUUGAAUGGGCUAAGAAAUUCCAAAGAGCUGAGAUUCUGGAGCUUCUGGAAAGUUAUCGGAAUUCUCCAGAGGACAAUGUCACAUCGGACACAGUUCUAGUGAAGUCAUCUGAAAAUAUGACACCCCAAGACAGAGAACUUUUGAACAUCUACCACCAGUGUUUUGAUGAUGACAAAAUUGACAAAGACCUCAUCAUGUAUCUUAUCCAUAAGAUAUGUACUACUUCUUCUGAAGGUAAGUUAUAUAUUCUCUUUAUGCUACACUCCUCUAUGCAGUCACUGGAUCAGAAACGAGUUUUUAAACCAUCUCCUCCAGGAGUGAGGAAAAUUAUUCUCUCAACAAACAUUGCUGAAACAAGUCUCACCAUUAACGAUGUUAUCUACGUAAUUGACUCAGGGAAAAUGAAAGAGAAAUCCUUUGAUGCAUUUUGUUCUGUGACCAUGUUAAAAACUCAUUGGGUUUCCAAAGCAAAUGCUUUACAGAGAAAGGGCCGUGCCGGACGAGUUCAACCAGGUGUUUGCUAUCACUUGUUCAGCAGAAUACGUCACGACAACCUGGAGCAAUACCAAGUCCCAGAACUGUUACGGUUACCCCUACAUGAACUCUGUUUGCAAACCAAAAUGAUUGCCCCUUCAAGCACAUCCAUUGCUGACUUUCUCUCCAAUGCUAUCCAAGCUCCCAGUUUCCUUAUCAUCCGCAAUGCUCUCCAGCUGUUGAAGCAAAUCGAUGCCUUAGAUCCUUGGGAAGAUCUAACUGAAUUGGGCCAUCAUUUGGCAGACUUCCCCAUUGCUCCGUCUCUUGGUAAAAUGGUACUUUAUUCUGUGGUCUUGAAAUGUCUGGAUCCAGUCUUGACCAUUGUUUGUUCCCUUGCCAACAAAGAUCCUUUUUUAAUUCCUGGUCAACCCUCUCAAAGAAGAGCUGCCAAUUUAGUUAGGAAGAAACUGUCUGCCAACACAUACAGUGAGCAUAUGAUUCUGCUCAGAGCCUUUCAGGUGAGUAACAGUGUUAUUCAAGCCCAGCUUCUUGGACAAUUGCGUGCUUCAGGGUUUGUGAGAGCACGAGGCGGAGGUGACAUAAGAGACUUGAAUAUAAAUUCCGAGAAAUGGUGUGUUGUGAAAGCUGCCCUCUGUGCAGGUUUAUAUCCGAAUGUACUUCGGAUUGAUCGUGUUACAGGACAGUUAUUAUCAGCAAAAGAGAUGAAAAUACGGUUGCACAAUUUGUCCGUGUUCAGUCCCAAUCUGUCAGCGAGCCAGCGUAACACUGACCUCUCUUCGUUCCCUUCAGACUGGAUUAUCUACGAGGAGAUGUCCCGUAACAGUAGUUUGGCCUUUGUACGCUGUUGUACAGUCAUCUCACCCAUCACCGUCGCCUUAUUUGCAGGGCCUGCCAAGUUGUCCCCAGAGGUCAUUAAAGAAGCAGAAAGUGGACAGAUUGAUGAUAGAAAAUGCCAUGAUUUCACCAGGCCCCAUGAUCUUGAUAAUGUCAGUGACAGUGGAGAGGAGGAGAAUGAGGAACUGAAGAAAUCUUCGCUUCGUCUCGAUGAAUGGUUAUCUUUCCAAGUUGAUUCUGAGAGUUCUUCCUUAGUUCUUCAGUUGAGACAGAAGUGGUACAGUUUGUUUAUCAGACGAAUGCGAGCCCCGUCAAAACCUUGGACUCAAACCGAUGAGGCUAUUGUGCGAGCUAUUGUCGAAGUGUUGGUAACAGAAGAGAGAGAACUUGGCUUGCAACAGCCUGCAGGUAUUGGACAGAGACCCAUUUCAAUGGCUGCAGAAUCAAUUCUCUCUAGUGUUGGUAACCAAAGUUGUAUUGAUUCUGAAGACCAGAAUGAAGACCGAUCGCGGAUGGCAAAGCGAAGUUCAGCAAUAAGUACCUCUUCCAAAAAGAAAGAUUCCACAAGCAACAACCAGCGCAACUUGGACACCUCAUUCAGCAAGUCCAUCUGGACUACGUCACCGAAUAAUGAGAAGAAACUCAACAAGGCUUUCCAGGAUGGCAAAACGGUCUACUUGAUAUUCUCAAUCCAAGGAAGUGGCUGUUUCCAAGGUUAUGCUAAAAUGUUAUCUACAUUUAGCAAAGAUCGAAGUGCAGAGUAUUCUAUGCCAGGUCUAGGUGCUACUUGCACAGUUGACUGGUUGAAAAGGGGAAACAUUCCCUUCCACAAUGUCCAGCAUCUUUCAAACCCUUGGAACGACAACAAGAGGAUACAAGUGAGCCGUGAUUGUCAGGAAAUCGAGCCAUUUGUUGGUGAGACUCUACUAAAACAGUGGGAUAAAUUAGGUCCUCACUACAACCAGAAGCGGCCAAUAACGAAGAGCAGUUUGGAGAACAGCAGCCACCACACUAGCAACAAACCACUGUAUACGCAGGCAAACAACUUGCCGAAUACUGCUCUGACACUCUCCGCUGGCCUCAAUGGUUGCCCUGAGCCUGGAGCUUAUAAUCUCACUGGUGGAGACAUCUUCUCAAACCCUUUCCAAGGUGGGCCGAUGAACGCGAAGGGCUUGGUUGCCGGCUCGAAACAGAGCAACAACAUCAACCAGUACCUCGGCCCGCACAACUUUGGCAUGUCUGGUAAUGGAAACAUGCUGAAAGGUGGUGGUGGUGGUGGCAAAAGUGCUUCUUCUUCUUCUGCUAGUCAUCACUAUAGCAACAAACACGGAAAUGGUAACUACGGCAACACCAGCGGCAGCAGCAUCGGCAACAGCAGCCACCAUCACAGCAAUCACCAAAACAACAACAACAGCAACAACAACAAUAAAUAUCUGUAUCGAGGUGGUGGAGGCAACAUGGCGAACUCUGCGUCCCAUCCGUGCCACUCUAGUGGCCACCUCCUCGGCAUCUACCAGGGCCACCGCCACCAGAACAUGAUCGGCGGCAAUGCAGCAGGACAAGAAACAAAAUAUGGAAAUACUCUUCUCAGUGUCGUAUACCAUACGUUCAUUCUGAAAGUACUCCUGUCCGUGACACAGGGACAAGAUGCUGAAUAUGGAAGUACUCCUGUCUAUGUCAUACACCAGUCAUUCAUUCUGAAAGCACUCCUUUCCAUGAAACAGAGACAAGAUGCUGAAUAUGGAAAUACUCCUCUCAAAUGUCAUAUACCAUACAUUCAUUCUGAAAGUACUCCUCCAAAUUAA